GUGCACAUGUGCAUGGCAUCCCUCGGAUACAGCAGAUCACCGAUCAAUGGAAAGAGCCGAAGAUGUCGGCUCGGUCAUGUGAUCAGCUGUGUCCAAUCACAGCUGAUCUCAUGGGACAUGUACACUGAUCAUCAGGGCACUGAUUCCGUCUAUCAGUGCCAGUUAGUGCCGCCUAUCAGUGCCACCUAUCAAUGCCACCUAUCAGUGCCAUAUAUGAGUGCUGCCUUUCAGUGCCAACAGUGAUGCUGUCAAUGCCCAUCAGUGCCAUCUACCAGUGCCUCCUCAUCAGUGCCCAUCAGUGCCACCUAUCAGUGCCCAUCACUGCAGCUUCUUUAGCGCAUAUCAGUGAAG